GCGCGUAUGAAGAGGGAUUCCAAAUUCCGAUCAAAAAGCCGAUGUCUUCCGCGGAAAACUUAGUCCUCUCCUCUUUCUUGAUCCACGCUUCGUUGGAAAGCGGAGAAUCGAAUUAGGAGACGUUGAGCUGAUCGAGAUUGGAAGAUGCUCUAGACGGUGCCCUCCCCAAAGUUCUGAUUUUUCCUUGAAUUUUCAGCUGCCUGUUGGUGCUUGGGCGACGCUAGCGAGGCUCGCGAGUCACAAUUUGGGGUUCUUUUCGUUGCUUCGUCGGCAGCAGUGACGGUUUUGGUUAUCUGGGUCCGGGUGAUGGGCGUCGGAGUGUCGAGUGUCGUGAGGCUGGAAGGCGAGGCCGGCGGGAUCCCGACGGGGCUGGGGGAUCUCCCGGAGAACUGCGUGGCGGCGGUUCUUGCGUACCUUGAGCCGCUCGAAAUAUGCCGGGCGGCCAGGCUCAGCCGGACGUUUCGAGGGGCGGCUUCGGCGGACUUGGUGUGGGAGACGAAACUCCCGAGGAAUCACCGGAAUCUGUUGGCGCUGGUCUCGGAUGAGAAGAACCCCUACAAAAAGAGCCGUCUUUGCAAGAAAGAGAUCUACGCGCGCUUGUGCCGUCCGGUCCCCUUCGAUGGGGGUACCAAGGAAUUUUGGCUUGAGAGGAUCAGUGGUGGAAUUUGUAUGGCAAUUUCCUCGAGGGCUUUGCUAAUAACAGGAAUUGAUGAUAGGAGAUACUGGAACUACCUCACCACAGAGGAGUCUAGAUUUCAUUCAGUCGCUUACCUUCACCAAACUUGGUGGUUCGAGGUCGAUGGAGAAAUUAAAUUUUGCUUCCCAGCCGGUUCCUACAGCCUGUUCUUCCGCCUCCAUUUAGGGCGUGCCACCAAGAGACUCGGUCGUCGGAUCUGUAUCACUGAACACAUACAUGGGUGGGACAUAGAGCCGGUGCGGUUUCAGAUGGCCACUUCAGAUGGCCAAUUUGCUCGAUCUAAAUGUUGCUUAGACAAGAUCGGUAGCUGGAUCCUAUACCAUGCAGGGGAUUUUGUCGUAAAUAACUCCGAUGUGCCAACCAACCUCAAGUUCUCAAUGAAGCAGAUUGACUGCACUCACACAAAAGGUGGCCUUUGUGUCGAUUCUGUCUUCAUCUAUCCCACUGGGUUCAGAGAAGGAAAAGUCUUUGCCACUGACCUGAUGACAUAGAAUAGAUCAAGUAGUCUUUCACCAAAGUAGAAGAUACCAAUAGAACUUAGUGGUUUUCUCUCUUGUACAUACUCGUAGUUUGAGAAAGAAAACGAUGAGGUGUUUGUUGAUUUCAUGAACUCUCAGAUGUUCAUGAAUUGAAUGUGUAUAUUUUUAUUUUGUGUGAUAAAAAUUUCUACAGCUAA